UCGGGCGUCCAAAUACCUUCACAUUGGACGAUGCAUCAAGAAAUCAUUCGACCGCAAAUAAUAAGAAGCUUAACGUUACAAAACGAUAUCUGGCCUAUAGCAGUAAAAGGCGUUUAAAUAAUUUCACAUCGAAAGAUCCUUCACAAGACUAUUUUACUGCGAUUGAAAAGAGGGCAAGUAUAGCAGCAGUAGACCAUGCUUAUAGUAGUAAGCUAGUACGUGAAAACAAAAUAACGAAUGCUGCUCACACCGUAGCAGAAUGGAGAGAAGAAGCGAAAGAAAAUGACGUGUUUCUUCAGGAAAUUCUUAGUCAAAACUACUACCAUUCUGAUUCAAAGAAAGUUUUAUCACUCUUCUUUCUUGGAGGAAAUUCUACGUUUCCGCAACUGCAAGAACCUAUAAAAACACCACUUAAAAACAACUACGACAUUGACAAAGAUCUAAUCGUAUUUCUUCACAUACAAAAGACAGGUGGGAUGUAUCUCAACGAGCGAUUUCGUACAAACUUGAAGCUGGAUUUUCCUUGUAACUGUAAAAAGUUGGUUCCCUGUGGUUGUUUGAACAGGCAUCACCGGAUGUGGAUGUACACGAGCGCCUUUUCCGGUUGGACAUGCGGCUUGCACGCUGACUGGACACAGAUGCACUCUUGCAUACCGCAACUCGCGGACAAGGUGGACAAAGAACAUCGAGAACGAAGGUACUUCUACAUGACACAGCUACGGGACCCGCUUGACCGGUACAUAAGUGAGUGGAACCAUCAGUCAAGAGGUGGACACUGGCAGAACGCCUUCUACAUGUGCGCGGGGAAACACGCCGAGUGGGGAAACGUUCGCCCUUGUUUCCUUACGGACAACUGGCGCGGAGUCUCAUUGGACGAGUUCAUGAAGUGUAAAUAUAACCUGGCAACCAAUCGGAUGGCGCGGAUGCUGGCAGACUUAGAGAGCUCGGAUUGUUACAAGCAUUUUCAUGAAGAGCGAUAUAAAAGCAUUAGAGCGCCUCAAUGGGUGUCAUCAGCGAAGGCGAAUUUACGUUCUAUGGAGUACUUUGGUAUUAUGGAGGAACCCGAGAAAUCGGACAAACUGUUUAACAAAGUGUAUUCUUUGGAAUUUAAAUCAAAAUCGGUCGGUAAGACAACCGGUAGUGUGCAAAGCAGAGAGUUUGAUGAAUAA